AAGAAAAUCAGAAUUGAUUUAUGUUUUGAAGAUAUUUAUACAAUUGUUUAUUGUUGAAAUGCAUUUAAUUUUAUUAUUUCUGUUUACAUACAUAAGUUUUGUAUGUGCGUUGUUCCCCUACGUGUAUCCUAGGAUUGAACUUGCAGCAUCGCUCACUGGAGACGCCGGGACACCAUUAUAUCUCACUCCAUUCUUGAAAAAUGGCUCCAUAGACUCGGCACAAAAGCUUUCCCGAGUGUCUUUGACUACCAAACUUGGCUUCGAGAGUCAUGCCGGCUUCUUUACGGUGGACGAACAUUAUCAAUCUAACCUGUACUUCUGGUACUUUCCAACGUUUUCCGAAGAUCCCAAUGCACCCGUUAUCCUGUGGUUGCAAGGCGGGCCCGGCGGAAGCUCCUUAUUCGGACUGUUCACGGAAAUAGGGCCUUUAAUAGCAACUAAGAAAGGCUUCAAAUUGAGGAAGCACCACUGGGCAUUGAACAGCCAUCUUAUUUUCAUAGACAACCCUGUCGGCACAGGAUUUAGUUUUACUAACAACAAAGGUUAUUGUACUGAUGAAAACUGUGUUGCACUCGGCUUGUACAAUGCUAUGCAACAAUUCUUCACCCUAUUUCCUGAUUUAAGAAGGCACAAGUUUUUUAUAACCGGGGAAUCUUAUGCGGGGAAGUAUAUACCAGCUUUAGGUAUGGAGAUACAUAAUCAAAAUCCUAAAGCUGUUAAUAAAAUUAACCUACAAGGUAUGGCAAUGGGAAAUGCUUUCUGUGAUCCCGCUAACCAACUAGAUUACGGUAACUACUUGUAUCAACAUGGACUUAUAGAUAAUAAUCAGCUACAAGUAUUCGAGAAGCUGCAAGCAAAGAUCACAGCUGAAAUAAGCAAAGAGAACUGGGUGCAAGCAGAUUUACUGAUGGAUUUAAUGAUGGAUGGAGACGUGAUAAACUUCUCAUACUUCAAGAACUACACUGGUUUUGAUAACUAUUAUAAUUUUCUUAAAACAAGUGAAGUAGACAUUACUAUAUUUGCUAAGUGGCUGCAGGACAACGAAGCUCGAAAGAGCAUUCAUGUUGGAAACCUGCCUUUCCACUCUGGUAAAGAAGUGCAGUUACAUUUAGCAUUAGACAUACUGAAAUCUGUGGCAUCGUAUGUUAAAACAUUGCUGUCUCACUACCGAAUACUUAUAUACAACGGACAGCUAGAUAUAAUCGUUGCUUAUCCGCUAACAGAAAAGUUUCUACAGAAUUUAGACUUCAGUUCUGCCAAGGAGUAUAAAACUGCUCCAAGGAAGAUAUGGAGGGUCGGGGAUGAGGUGGCUGGGUAUAAGAAGAAAGCUGGCAACUUGACAGAGUUGCUGGUGAGAAAUGCUGGCCAUAUGGUGCCGCAUGACCAGCCUAAGUGGGCAUUUGAUAUGAUCACACGUUUUAUUCAAGGCAAAAUGUGAUUCAAUACGUUAUAUACAAGGCAAUAUUACACUACUAUGCUACUACUUAUCUCAUUAUACUUAUCUUAUUGUAUAAUAAAUAAUUUAAUUUAAACCUUGGAAUGCUGUGAAUGUGUGAGGUGGCAUUGUGAACCUUGACGCAAUGCCUGAAGGUUGAUAUUAGCCAAGCCACGCAAGUCAGUUCACGUCUUUGGUGGUCAAGGGUUAAUAAUGAAUGGGAGCUAAGUAACAGGUUAGAAAUAUUUUAUAGUUGGUUUUUUUUUAGCAUUAGAAAUAAGGUAAACAAUCUUGAUGUGUCUUUUAAUUGAAAAACACAUUUUUAAAAUAAGUUACGGCAAAUAUGUAACAAUUAUGAAUCUAAUACGAUCAUUUAUAUUCUUCUGCUUUCAUAAGUAAUAGACGUAAUAGUUAUUGAUUUUUGAAAAAGGUUUUUCAAUUAAAAGACAUGUCAAGAUCACUUACUUUCUUUCAAGUUCUUUCUAAUGCUAAAAAAACGAACUAUAGAAAUUGUAUUAUAUAAAUAUGGUGGUGGAAUGGCUUGGACAUUGUGUUUGUAUAGGUUGUAUGUACACUGUACAGUAGGUACAGUCAGCACCAGAAGUUGCUAAGUGGGCUAGGUGUUCAAAAUGCUCUUGACGCGGCUUUAUUGUCAAGAGAAUAAGAGCGUGUCACUUCUGCUGCUGACUGUAUUAUUAUACAAUUUUGUGGUAUACUUAAGUUUAUUACGAAUAAAAUACAUUUUUAUUUGUU